CGCACUCCACCGCUGCUCAUGUUUGGCGAGCGAGCCUAAAGCUUCGGGUACUUCACUUGGGGCUUGUAGUAUCUAAGUAAACACGGGCCGAACGAGAAGUAUUUGUUUUUCCAAUCAGUGCUCGGUCGCCCGCCGCCAGCUAGCAACUUGUGUGUCCCACAUCGCGGAAUAUCGUCCAAGUGCGUUCCUUCGCCGCCGCCGCCGUCGUCUCUCGGCGAGACUGUUUGUGUGGUGGUUCGUGAUGUAAACAAUGAUACAGGAUCAUCUCCCGACUCCCGAUCGAUUAUACACGCACAGCACUAGUGUUUAAGGUGACCAAAUAGAGGACUAUAUAGAGCUGUAUCUUUAAAUAGUGCGCGCGCGUUGCGAAAGUGUGAUUGGAUUUGUCUGUGCAAUGUUGUCCCACAAAGCGUACCCGGAAUCGACGGUGAUGUCUUCCGUGCCAUCCGCAUCGCGUAUGACCCCAGCGGCAUACUCGAUGAACUGCGUCACGAUGAAUUCAUGUUCACCACAGAGUGCAACCUUCGGCAGCGGAAUGUUGAACUCAGCGGUACCAAUGAGUAGCAUGUCGAUGAACGAUAACUCAAUGGCGGCCGCGGCCGCCGCCACCACCGCAAUGGGUUACAGCGCCAUUGGAUCGCCCAUUUCCAAUAUGAACAUGCACAUGCAGACCUCCAAUAGUGCAAUGAACGCGAUGAGCGGAUACACCUCAUCCGUCGGCGGGAUUACCUGCCGAGGUGAUCCAUCCGGCGGUGAUGCAUCACCCAACUCAGCUCUGCAACGCGCACGGGCUGAGAAAACCUACCGCCGGAGUUACACCCAUGCUAAACCCCCAUACAGCUACAUCUCCCUCAUAACCAUGGCGAUCCAAAACAGCCCACAAAAGAUGCUCACCCUUUCGGAGAUCUAUCAGUUCAUCAUGGAUCUGUUUCCGUUCUAUCGACAAAACCAACAACGCUGGCAGAACUCCAUCCGCCAUUCUCUCUCGUUCAACGACUGCUUCAUCAAGGUGCCACGCACCCCGGACAAACCCGGAAAAGGAUCCUUCUGGAGUCUACACCCUGAAUCGGGUAACAUGUUUGAAAAUGGUUGUUACCUGCGUCGUCAAAAACGCUUCAAAGACGACAAGAAGGAAAUGACAAGACCAUCACACAAAUCACCAUCACAUGGGGGUAUUGAUAGUGGUAGCACCGGAAAGAAAACUCCUCUGCAUCAACAGGAUGAUGCCCACAAAUCACACCAUUUGGAUAAAUCCGACGGACACCUCUCAUCAAUGAUCCUCCAGUCCAAGUUGGACAUUGAUCAAAUGAACUUGUUGCACCAUAAUGAUCUGAACCAACUGCAUCAUCAUCAGCAGCAUCAGAACCUCACCCAGGAGGAGAUAUCCGCGAUGGUUAACCGUCAUCCUCUUUCAUCCCUAUCUGGUGAUCAUCAAAUGUUGCACCAUGGAGCGGUCAGUCAUCAUUUGAAGCAGGAGCCGCCGACGGGUUACACGCCACCAAUGCAUCCGUUCAGCAUCACGCGAUUGAUGACUGAGUCCAAGACGGCGGAUAUCAAGAUGUACGAUAUGCAGUACAAUUCGUACAGCACCCUCAGCCCGCUCUCGAACAGCGUGCACACGCACUCAUCGAUAGGCAACGAUUACUACAACUCUUCGCUGUACCACACCUCCGCUGCGGGCACGACCAGCUUGUGACAUCAGUAUCCGCUCGCGUAAUCGCGAUUUCGGAUCUAACCAGUGAAACUAACAAGCGGAUUUUCGAAAGAAACGCAAGACUUUUGGUUUACGUGUGCGUUGUUUUCUCUAAACUUAUAAUAACUCCUGGGCGUUGCAAUCCUCGUCGUCGAUGUCUCCUCACAUACUACGAUAUUGUUCACAUGCGCUACUCUCGAUUGAAUUGAAAAUUGAAAAUUGAAAAUUCGGUUUAUUAACUUUGAAAAGUGUUUUGGAUGCGUGCAACGUGCAAUAAUAAUCCACGAAUAUUAAAAAAUUAAAAUUAUAAAAAACUUGAUUUUUUCGCCUCCCAAAAUGUGAUAGGUUUGUUUUCGGACGACGACUCGACGCAUUCCUUUGUGUACAUAAAAACCACCACCCUUUAGAUAUAUGAAAAUAUAAAUAAAUAUAGAUAUAUUAUAUUAUAAAAAUUGCAACAACAAGAAAAACUAAUUACAAAUAUUUAUAUACGGUUUAAGCAUCAACAACAACAUCAGAAAAAAACGAGUGUUGAAUUUUGUUUCUUUUUUUUUCAACUAAAAACAAAAUAAAACGCUAAAAACUCGAAUUCUUUUUUUAGGUUAUGAAUCUGCUUGCUAUUUGAUUUUUUACGUUCGAAUGCUUUUUUUGUUUUGUUUUUUAUUGUAAAUACGUUUCGAGGCGAAGUGAAAAAGAAACAUGUGCAACUAACGAACCAAAACGCAACACACAAUUGUAAAUAAAUUUCCAUUUGAAUUGAUAUGAUGCAGAAUGCAUUCAUUCACACACACACACACAGAAAACAAGAAAUAAAAAUGUAAGAAAUAUCGAUGCGUUGGGCGGCCAUUUUGUGACCUCCGCGCGCAUACAUGCGUCCCUGUGGGCGAUUUAAAUUUAAUUACGAAUAAAGAAAUAGUUAAUUAUUAUUGUACUAUAUGUACUUAUAUGUAUUAUAUUUACUUUUUGUCACAAAUAAAUGUUUCAAUGAA